AUGGGUGUUAAAGGUCUCAAUCAGCUUGUUAAAGAACAUGCUCCAGAAGCUUUCAAGGAGCUCACCAUGAAGACGCUUUUUGGCAGAAAAGUCGCCAUCGAUGCCUCCAUGUGCCUAUAUCAAUAUCUUAUUGCUGUUAGACAGCAAGAUGGUCAGCAAUUGACCUCUGAAGAUGGAGAGACAACGUCACAUUUGCUGGGAAUGUUCUACAGAACCAUCAGAAUGGUGGAGAACGGCAUGAAGCCAAUGUACGUCUUUGAUGGUAAGCCACCAGUGUUAAAGGGAGGCGAACUAGAGAAGAGAAUGUUGAGGAAAGCCGAAGCUCAAAGCAAGCUUGAAGAGCUUAAGGAGACGGGUACUGUGGAGGAGCUCCUCAAGCACGAGAAGAGAACCGUGAGAGCUUCAAGACAACAAAGUGAGGAGGCACAAAAGCUUCUUAAACUCAUGGGUAUUCCUUAUAUGAUCGCCCCCAGUGAAGCUGAGGCACAAUGUGCUGCUCUAGCGAAGGGUGGAAAGGUGUUUGCUGCUGCCUCAGAGGAUAUGGAUACUUUAUGUUACGAGCCUCCCUUCCUUUUAAGACAUUUGACCGUUGCUGAGGCAAGAAAGAUGCCAAUUGACCAAAUCGAGUACCUGGAGGCGCUCAAGGGCUUGGGAAUGGACCGCCUGACGUUCGUGGACUUGUGUAUUUUGCUAGGAUGUGACUACUGUGAGACUAUCAAGGGAGUCGGUCCUGUGACCGCUUACAAGCUCAUUAAGGAGCACGGUUCCUUGGAGAAUAUCGUCAAGUGGAUCGAGGCAAACCCCGAAAAGACAAAGUACAAGAUUCCUGAAAACUGGCCGUGGGCCGAGGCUAAGGAAUUGUUCAUGAACCCGAGAUCACCCAGUGUCAAAUGGGAGGAGCCCGAUGUGGACGGUCUUGUCGAGUUUAUGGUCCAGCAGAAGGGCUUUAACGAGGACAGAAUCCGUAGUGGUGCUGAAAAGCUCAAGAAAUCGUUGAAGGGUGGAACACAGGGCCGUCUCGAUGGAUUCUUCACCGUGGUCAAGCUGAGCCCUGCUAAACGUGCCGCCGAACCCAAGGGCAAGGGCAAAAAGAAGGCUAAGCGUUAG